UCCACAUCAAGAAGAACUACGAUGAAGCAUUGCUUUGUCUUCAUUUUGUUGGUUGCAGGUGCUGCAUCAUACAGUGUUGAGAAGAGGAUUAUUGGGAGUAAGUCCUGUGACAAGGACCGGCAGUACCAUGUCCAGAUAGAGUCCACUCAGGGAGGGAAGUCCUGCGGAGGCGCUCUGCUCAACACCCGCUGGGUCAUCACAGCUUCUCACUGCGCAGAGCAGGAAGUCAAAGUGAAGCUUGGCUUAAACAAUGAUGUGUCCAUUGUUACAAAAGCUUUUUCUUGGCUCAAAGGGAACUCCAAAAAACAUGAGCAAACCAUUCCAACUAAACAGCAGCACACCUUUAAAGAUGACGAGGGAAAAGCCCAUGACAUUAUGCUCAUACAGCUGAAUGAGGACAUGUCAGCCAAACUUCCCACCAUCGGCCUCCCUUCAGGAGAUUGUACAAAGCUAGAGCCAAACAAAAAUGUGAUGAUUGGAGGCAUGGGAGCAAGGGCAAAAGGGGGUAAACCGGUUGGUGAAGUGAGAUGUGCUACCACAGUGAUCUCUCAGUGUGGUGAGAAUGAUAAACCUGACAGUAAGUACAGCAGCGGCGAAUCUACGAUCUGUGCCUUCAAACCUGGAGUGGAGUCCUGCUUUGGCGAUGCAGGCUCAGCUGUGGAGUAUGAAGGAAAAUUACAUGGAGUCAUUGUUAGCCAGCCUGUGGACAUGUGUGCUCAGCAUAUUGUAAUGCUGGACAUCUGUCACUACAUGCAAUGGAUUGAUAAAACCAUGAGGGAGAACCCAUGAGUACUCUCUCCAGAGAUCGUAUGUAAUAAUUAUAAGAAACUACCCUAUCAACUUCUUUAUUUGUGCAUUUUAAUUAUACUGUAUACGUUUAUUGAGGCAUCAUAUUAGUGUUUAUUUAGUUCCAAUGUGCAAUCCAGACAUGUGAAAAAUAAGAUUUAAGACUAUAUUAAAAUACAAUGCUUUUGUUCAACUCUCCAUCUUACAACUAUCAUUAUCUCAUAAAUAAAGAU